CAUCAAAAUAGUCAAAAACAACACAUAAAAGUAGCUCCUUUUCUCUCUCCCUAUUUUAUGAACUUAGGGGAAACUGAAAAAAGGCAGAAGCGAAAAUCCAGUUUCUUCUAAAUUGAGAUCCAGAAAUCGGAAUUCUCUGCCUAUUUUCUCAAGGGGUAUGCUGGAUAGAUGGGCUCUACUUCAAAAGAUUAGGCAAUGUUGUCUCCCAGGAUUUGUCCAGGACAUUGUCUUUUCCCUUUCCUUAAAGGUCCACUAGAUGUGGUUUUACCAUUACAUAUCUUUGGCUAAAACUUCUGUCUGAUAUGUAGUAUUUGUUUCUCCAACUAUUGUGCCAAUCUCUCAUCAAGUUCUUAUGGGAGACUCGUUUAAUCCCACCCCUGGGACAAAGUCUAUGGUCACAACUGCUAUCACUGCCAAAAAUGAAUCUAAACAGCACAUCAUUUCUUCUGGAUCGAACUCUUUUGCAAAUGUAAGACAGAUUGAUCUGAUAAAAUAUGGGAAGCAGAGAAGGGGAAGUUGUAAUCAGUUAGUUUUCUUUCUGAUUAAAGUUGCUGCCUUGGAGACUGUGCGGAGGAUCUCACGGUCCAAAUGUCCAUUCGUAUGGUCUGGCCUGCAAGCUCUGCAAGUUGUGUGCUACCCACCACUGAAGUGGAUGCAAAGGUGGAAUCCUUUCAGGGUUCUGGUUGAAGGCAUGCAGAUGCUAUCGCGGCCACUGCUAGUGCUAUCUAUUGCUACAGCAUUUUCUGAUCAUUCAGGAUUCAAUAAUGAUACCUCAGAUAGCAUUCAAGGUUCCCCGGUAUCCAAUGAUUCGCAUGCUGAUUCAGACUCCCAGCUAGAAGUCUCUUCUGAGCAGUCUAUCCCAAGUGAAAGGGUUGGCAAUGAAGUUUCUCAAAGUCUGUCUUCCACUAGUACCGCAAGUUGGUUGCAUCUGCUUUACAAAGAUCUGGAAAAGCAAGGAAUUUUCUUGCCUGAGAGAGUUGAUGAAGAGGAACUCCAUCAAUUUUUUACAGCUGCAGAUGGAGAUUUUAUUCGCUUACUUUCUUCAGUGAAGAAGACAAUUCGCUGGAGGGAAACAUACAGAAUUCUUUCCAGCCAAGAACUUGAAGUGUGGUCAAAUAUGGUCUUUUGGCAUGGAUUUGAUGUGCAGAAUCGUCCCUGCCUCAUUGUCCGUCUUGGCUUAGCGUGCAUCAGCUUGCCAUCUCGUGACAGACCUUGCUUUGCUCAAGCAGUUGUAUCUCAGGUGGAGCAUGGGGUUCUUCAUUUGGUGGACCCUCGAAAUUCUCAAAUUACUGUUUUGGUAGACUGUGAAGGAUUAUCUCCACUGAGACUUCCCAUGCAAAUGCUGAGAUCCUGUUCUACUCUUUUGCAAGAUCACUUCCCCAACCGUCUAGGCUGUUUAUUCAUUAUACGCCUUCCACCUAUUGUUCGAGUUGUCGCACAAACCUUUGUGCAAGUUUUCAAACCUGUCACUCGGCAAAAAAUGAGAUUUGAAGGGGAAAUGUACCAAAAGCUUCUUUCUGAGUGUUUGCAAACACUCCCGUCUUAUCUUGGUGGGCUGUGCACAUGCUCAAGAUGUGCAAGCUUUGACAUUGGCAAGAUGCAUAACACUCGCAUGAAUGACCAUCAAGAGGCAGCAGUAACUGAAAUUAUUAACAAUCCACUGGAUCUAGCACCACUCCAUUCAGGUGAACAUACUGAAAUUCCGGCGAAUUAUAACUUUGACCGGGUCCUAAGAAAGGCUGUGGUAGGUAUCCUUUUGUUCUGGGUUAUUGCUGUUUUAAUUGCUGGAGUAUUUGAUCCAGAAAGUCGUCCCAUUUUACCUCCUUGAGCUCAGGAUAGUAAAUUCUUGAACUUCUCAUUGCACAUCUACUCUUGUCGAAAAUAUCAUGUGGUAGCUAGUAUUGGCCACAGUGUAAUGGCAAUUAUCUAUUCACGUCAAAUAUUUGUUUACUGGAAUGGGACGUUUUGGUGCUUGUU